CUCACAUUUUCACUCUCAACUGUCAACUUCUCUCCCUCCCUCUCUAAAUUCAAACACAUCUAUUUCCUCACUUUCGCCAUCUGUCUCAAAAAUUCCCUAUUCCAAUUCUUGCUCCAAUGAAGCCUCUGCAUAUAUUGUUUCUAUUGAUCAUUGCAAUUCAAAAUGUUGCUGAUUUUACAAAUGGUAAGAUGCAUCACCACUCACCCAAGAAGCAUAAGCAUUCAAGAAAACUCUCCCCUGCCCCUGCCCCCACCCCUACCUACCCGCCCUCCAUCCCGUCCGACCCGAGCUACGGCCCGACUCAACCCGACACAGACACGAACACGACCUGCAUUUUCGACGUGACCGAGUUUGGGGCUUGCGGGGAUGGCUCCACCGAUGACACGGCCGCCUUCAGGGCCGCCUGGAAGGCGGCCUGCCAGGUGGAGAACGCUGUCGUUCUCGCCCCCUCGGGCCUCGUGUUCAUGAUCACUUCCACCAUCUUUUCCGGGCCUUGCCAGCCCGGACUUGUUUUCCAAAUUGAUGGGGUGGUGAUGCCACCGGAUGGGCCGGAGUGCUGGCCGGAAAAGGACAGCCACCAGCAGUGGUUGGUGUUCUAUCGUCUCGAUGAUAUGACACUCACCGGAACUGGAACCAUAGAAGGCAAUGGCCAGAAAUGGUGGGAUCUUCCCUGCAAGCCUCAUAAGGGCCCUAAUGGAUCGACAUUGCCUGGACCAUGUGACAGCCCUGCGCUAAUUCGUUUCUUCAUGAGCUCCAACUUGGUAGUGACCGGUUUGCGCAUCCAAAAUAGUCCUAAAUUCCACAUGAAGUUCGACGGGUGCGAGGGCGUGUUGAUCGAUAAAUUGUCGAUAUCUUCGCCCAAGUUGAGCCCCAACACUGACGGAAUUCAUAUCGAGAACACGAAAGCUGUUGGCAUAUACAACUCCGUGAUCGCUAACGGGGAUGAUUGCAUCUCAAUCGGGCCGGGUUGUUCGGACGUUGAUAUCGAAGCCGUCACAUGUGGGCCCAGUCACGGAAUCAGCAUAGGGAGCUUGGGUGUGCACAAUUCUCGCGCAUGUGUAUCGAACAUAGCAGUUCGAAACGCAUUCAUAAGGGACUCUGACAAUGGGCUAAGGAUCAAAACAUGGCAGGGCGGGACGGGGUCCGUCUCCAACAUUUUCUUUGAGAACAUCCAAAUGGAGAACGUGAGAAACUGUGUGCUCAUCGAUCAGUACUAUUGUCUAACCAAGGAGUGCAGGAACGAGACAUCGGCUGUAUACUUGACAGACGUGACAUACAAGAACAUAAAGGGAACCUACGACGUUAGGAGCCCGCCGAUACACUUUGCAUGCAGCGACAGCAUUGCAUGCACGAACAUCACAAUGUCAGAGGUCGAGCUCCUUCCCCACGAGGGCGUUUUGGUGGACGAUCCCUUUUGUUGGAAUGCGUAUGGAGUACAAGAAACACUCACCAUACCUCCAAUCGAUUGUUUGCUUGAUGGGACGCCUCAAACACUAGCUGAGAAUUCUUUGUAUGGUUGCUAAUAUUUAUAUCAACUUAGCUAAAGCAUAUGAUACAAAUAUAUGUAUAGUUAUAUAUCGAGAGAGAUAAUUGAUGGUUUUGAUUCAUCCCUCUGGGAAUAGUCUCCCAUAUAGUGUGAUGACAUCGUAUGAAUUUCUUGUGUUACUAUGUAAAUGACAUGAAGCUCCUCUUUAUAACUAGUUAAAUUAAUGG